AUGGCCAAAUAUUGCAAAUAUGAUCAUCCUGGUGAAGUAACUAAGAAAGUUGGAGACUCCAGGACCUGUAUCCAGAUGCGCAGGGGAAGAGAAGACAUUGAAAAGUUUCUUAUUUGGGAGCUAGUUCAUGGAGAAAUAAACUUCUGGAAGGACAAAUGGUGCCCUACUGAUCACUUGGAACCACUGCAACAGGAUAAAGAGGAAGAUCUACUUGUUAAGGACUGUUGGAGUGGAAAUGAGUGGUCUGAGGAUGCUUUGAAUACCAUCCUGAAGGAAUCUUCUGCUGAAAGAAUUUCUAAAAUUCACUUUGAUAGAAAUAAAAAAGACCAGAUCCAUCUCAUUAAGAGGACCAGCUCUAGCCUUUCUAAGGACAUCCAGAAUAGUAUUUUUAGAGGGGAUAACUGCCAGUGUAAUAUUUUUACUUGCAAAAAGUUCUUAACUCCUUCAAUGUUGUUCUUUUCUUGGAGAGUGCUAAAUGAUUUGAUUCCAACUGAUGACAUUCUAAAACUGAAAGGUUUGAAAGUCAUCUCAAGAUGUCACCUUUGCAAAAACAAUCAAGAAUUUAGUGACCAUCUUUUCUUCAGUUGCAGAUUUUCUAGAGAUGUUUGGAAACAUUUGACCUCUAAAUUUAACCUCAACCUGAUCAAUGUUGGCCGGGGAAACAUCAAAGAAAAUUUAAAAGACUGGCAGGAAAUUAACCUUAUGUCUCUUCCCUUCAGUGUUGCCUGGUUUUUGUGGAAUGCUAGGAACAACGUAAAGUAUGAGGACAUUGGGACUAACCCAAACUCUGUGGGGUCUAACUGUCAGGCCUACCUUCAAAAGUUGAUUAGCUGGAAGAAGUUCCAUAAGAUUUUGAAGAACCUGCCUAAUAUAGAAUUGAAACAGCUUAAAGUUAUAAAGGUUAGAUGGGAGAAGCCCCCUUAUCCUUUCAUCAAAAUAAACACUGAUGGAAGUUUCACCAACAGGAAAGCUGGUAUUGGAGGGAUAUUUAGAGACCACACUAGUAAAGUCUUGCUAUAUUUCAAGGCCCCCUACAUUGCUGCUGAUGCCCUGGACACUGAAGCUACUGCUCUUUACUGGGCACUCAAUUUUUCCAUGGAAAUUCAGUGGAAUAAGAUUAAUGCUGAAGUGGACUCUUACCUACUGGUGGAUCUGAUCACUGAAAACACCCUCCCCCCUUGGCACAUCAUCUAG